GGAGACCUGGAAGCUGUGGGGUGGGGCGGCAGGGCGCUCAAACUCAACGGCUGGUGCGGCCGCGCGGGAACGCUAGCGGCCGAGGCCCCGCCCCGGCGGGUUUGAACCGAGUCCCGCCCCGCGCUCGGCCAAUCGGGCGAGCAGGCGGCUGCGCCAAGGCUGCUCUUUGUGGGCGCCCACCGGCUCCCGGACGCCGAGCGGAGCGGCGGGGCAGCCUCGUGGCGCAGGGCACGAUGUUUGCACGAGGACUAAAGAGGAAAUGUGUUGAUCAGGAGGAAGAUGGGGAGGAUGCCCUGGCCGGCUUCGGCACCGUCCCUUCCUAUAGCCUGCAGCGGCAGUCACUCCUGGACAUGUCUCUGGUCAAGCUCCAGCUCUGCCACAUGUUGGUGGAGCCCAACCUCUGCCGCUCGGUCCUCAUCGCCAACACGGUCCGCCAAAUCCAGGAGGAGAUGACCCGGGAUGGCAUGGGGCGUGGGGCCGCACCCCAGAGCACUGGGCGGGCACCACUCGACCGCCUGGUAUCCACAGAGAUCCUGUGUCGCACUGUGAGGGGACCGGAGGCUGGGUGCCCCGUCCCUGACCUGGGAGACAGCCCUUUGCAGGGCACACCACCUGAACUUUGCAUAGUCAACUCAGCAGAGGUGCCGAGGAGCCCUCAGAGCAGCCUUUGGGAAAUGGACAGUCCUCGGGAAAACAGAGGAAGCUUUCAGAAGUCACUGGAUCAGAUAUUUGAGACCCUGGAGCAUAAAAGCCCCAGCUCCAUGGAGGAGCUGUUCUCAGACAUGGACAGUUCCUACUAUGACCUGGACACCGUGCUGACAGGAAUGAUGACCGGUGCCAAGCCGGGCCUCUGUGACGGGCUUGAGAGCUUUGCUGCAGCUGCCCCAGCACCUGGCUCCAGCUGCAAGUCCGACCUGGCCGAGCUAGACCAUGUGGUAGAGAUCCUGGUGGAGACCUGAGAGGAGGAGGCCCCUUGACGGGCCCCUGACAAGGCUGGAGCCCCAGAGAGCUUCUCAGUGUCAGAGCAGUGGGGACUCGUUCCUGGACAAGGAGUUCUCAGUGCCCGUGCCCAGUGGCCCACCCAGCCCAGCUCUCUGCAGGUUCUGAGAAUGUCCUAGGACAGGUGGCCAUUGGCAAAGGUUGCAGUUCCUCAGGCCUGUCCUCCUCAAGGAGGGCAGGACAGAGUCUUUCACGCCAGGAUGGAGCGCUGUGAAAUCUCAGCCUGGGCCAGGUGACAGCUCGCGGUCCUGGGGCUCUCCCUUUCUGUCUGGGCUGCUGCCAUGGAAGACGGCAAGGCCAUAAGCUGCACCCGACCUCAUUUAAAUUUAGAUAGGUGAACUUUUUUAAAUUAAGUUUUACAUGUUUUGGACACUAUUUUGUCUUAAGAUAUAUUUUUUAAACUUUUAUACUUUAUCCCUUUAAGUUUUUUCCAGUAUUUUCUUAAAGUAUAUUUUUUCUAUAAAACAUUCUUUGCUGCUACAUUGGAAACUUUUAUAGCCUGAAUAGUUGCAGUUGGUGUGUUUCCUUUUUUUAAGGUUUGAAUAGGAGAUUUAUUUUCUAAAUGAGCUCCACCGUACUCCAAGAAGUGCAACACAUCAUGGUUUUCUACUUUAGCUUUAUGCAUGACCCUCCUUCCUCGUGUUCUGUGCUUUUACAGUGGAGCGCAUCUUGGCAUAGCUCAGUUACAAUGAGGGCCUUGCACAGCUACAAUACCUUUGUCACUAGAUCUACCCUGAGCCACAGCCACCUAGACUUCCGUGUAGGGAAGAUCUAUUACUUAUGCCUGUUUAUAUGUAAAUCCUCUGAAAGCCAAGGUCAAAUAUUUGUGUGGAAAUCACAGGUACCAGCUGCUCUCCAGAGGCCAUGGGGCCUCGGGUGCCUUCCACUGGGUCACGUGUCGGGAGGACCCCUGGGCCUGGUUCUUGUGUGUCUUAGCCUGGGUCCCCCACUCCUUUAAGCACAUGCAGCCGAUGCCACAUGCCAGGGCACCGUGAGUAUGGGAAAGGUGUGUUCCUGUGCACUGUGGGGUUGGAAAAUGCCUACACUUGCUCUGUUAAAUUGGUUCUGGGACAACAUUUUAAGGUUACCUUGAAGUCUAGGGUGAAAAAUCUGACUCUAGUUUCUGGCCACUUGAUCCUGAGGGUCAUUGAGGUGCUGCCCAAGGUGAGCUGGGUUGGCUUGGCCCCUUCGGGUCCUUGGUGGCUCACAAGUCUGACUCCUCCAGACCCGAACCUGCUCAUGUUUCCUGUUUGUCAUGUGCUUUUUUCUGACUUCUCCUUUGAGCCUAAAAUGUUUGUUUUCUUUUGUGCAUAAGACCAUUCUUUAAUGCUGGUGAUGUAAACCUCACUUUAUUAAAAAUUUAUCCAACAAA